AUGCAAUUUCUCGCCCUCACGGCGACCCUCCUCGUCUCCGCGGCCACGGUUGCCGCCUCCACGACCACAUCUGCCACCUCCAUGGGCAACGCCACCGCCCCCACGGCCGCCACAUCCACAGGCACGGCCGUCAGCUCUCCGACCCGCGGCCUCAAGGCCGGGGAGAGGUGUAAGGCGGGGACAUUCCGCUGCGGUGGGAACGAUACGAGCAGCUGGAUCGAGGUCUGCAACAUGGAUCACAGAUGGUACCCGGCCAAGGAAUGGAUGUGCGGCGGCCCGGGCUGCUGCUUCUCCCAAGGGAGCCGGCUCUGUUGCGGCUGCAUGGGAGGCGCGGUUGACUGCCCGGUCGCGGCCGGAACUCAGGUGACGGAGGGGAGGUAG